UAAACUGUAACACGAUUAAACAUGGAGAACCUUUUUUCUCGCUCAAAACCAAUAGCUCUUUUUAUUGGAAUGAAAAGAAUUUAGUGCCCCAUAUAUGGGAACGGGAUGAAAUCACAGCGCCGUUUCACACCGUGGAGGGAAAAAAGUUACGAGCUGAAUGUUUGAGCUGUUUCUUCGCCAGACCGAGGAGCACGUGUGUCUGGGAUUAUAAAACCGGUAAAAUAGUCAAGUUUAUUUAUUUAGUGUUUGUGAAAGAAAACGUGUAUAAAAUGACGGAUUACAGUUUGACACGUGUGAUGGACGUCCUGAGGGGUUUGUACGGGCACGUGCAGACGUUAGAGGAGUUUAGUGACGGUGUAAAGUUCAGUAAUGGACAGAAACCUGUUUUAGUGCAAGAGUGUGAUUCUGUUAGGUAUAAAGUACUGACCCGGGGUCUGAUAGUGUGUGUGGGGUCUCCUGUUACACACUGUCCCAGCUCUGCACAGCUGGGCUCUCUGCCUGAGGUGCUAGCAUUUGUCUUGAACCGCAUGAAGAUGAAGAAGAAGAGAAACGUUCUAAGUUUCGGUUACCGCUUCAGCACCGGUCGGACCGACUCGGACCCUUUCAAGUUCCACGGCUCCAUUUCUCAAAGCGCUGCGUUCAUCUGUGGUAGUGAAGCCUGGGCAAAAAUCAAUCAACGGCUGGGCACUGACCUCACCCAGUACCUGCUGACUCACUGUGCCAUCUUUACCACAGCACCCCCUACCUGCCUGGUGCAGCUCUGUGGUGUUCCUGUGUACGAUUUAGUACCUGUACACAACUGGUCUGGGUUCUUCCUCAACUCCUGUAACAAAACUGACACCUUGAACAGGAACCGACAGAUUGGCAUAAAAAAACGGACUGGUCCGAGGAAAGGAGAGAAAAGCAAAUGGAAACGUCAGGUGAAUGCUAAAAACACUAAAAAGGGAAGGAGAGAAGAAGGAAAAAAAGAAGAGGAGAGUAACACUGCAAAGAAAAGACGUAUUGAGAUCAUAAAGCAAGAUAGUGAUGUGGAAAGGUCCUGUAUCAGCAGAAGUGUUUGUCUUGGCCAAUCAGAGACACCUGAUGUUAGCCCUGCUCCCAAACAUGGCCUCUUCAGUUGGAAGCCGUGUGACCAACCCCCACCUCGCCCAUCUCACUGUUUCAUAAGUGUAUUGAACAUGCUCUACGGUGGCCGCGGCAUGAAGGGCUUUCCACUGAACAGGAAGUUGCGGGGCCAAGUGGGUGGAGGCAGAAGGAUCCAAGGGGCAGAUGUAGUAAGGAUGGUAUUUCGUCUCAAGGACAAGGCCAAGCUGUCAGGGUCAUCAUCAAAAAAACAAAAGCUACCUAAGCGUUUUUUUGCCAUGGUCCCGAUCUUCACUUUGCUAUUGCGGCGUCACAGGAAGUGCCAUUACGUUCACUUCCUGUCUCAGAAGUGUGCAACUAGUGAAGGCAAAGGGGACAUGGCGUCUCUUUUGUCUUCUCAUUGCUCACCCUACAGAGUGUAUCUGUUCGUGAGGGCGUGUGUGCUCUUUGUUAUUCCAGAUGAACUCUGGGGUUCUCGGCACAACAUGCUGCACUUCCUGUCCAGAGUGAAGCACUUCCUGCGACUGGGGAAGUUUGAAAAACUGUCAUUGGCUCAGAUCAUGUGGAAGAUCAGAGUGAGUGACUGCCGUUGGCUGGGGCAUAAAAAAAGUCAGUGCCCGAGUGAGCAUCGUUACAGGGAGUGGAUUUUUGGACAGUUUCUGCUCUGGGUGCUGAAGGACUUUGUGAUCGGUCUUGUUAAGUCUUUAUUUUACAUCACAGAGAGCGUUGGCAAUAAGCAUGUGCUGAGAUUCUACAGAAGACACAUCUGGACCACACUACAGGACCAGGCCUUCAGGGAGCAUCUCAUUAAAGGCCAAUGGGAAGAGCUGAGUCCUGCAGAAGUAGCAUCACUACCCAAGAACUCUGUAACAUCCUGCAUUAGAUUUAUCCCAAAAUCUAAUGGUAUGCGUCCAAUCACACGCUUAAUCAGAACUGCAGCAGCGAUGCAGUUCCAGAGUUCAGUACGCGAUCUUCACAACGUGUUGAGUGUGUGUGUUCGAGAGCGGCCGACUCUGCUCGGCUCGACCGUCUGGGGACGACAGGAUAUUCACCGAGUGCUGAGAUCCAUCACACACACACACACUCCACUGUACUUUGUUAAGGUGGACAUCAGUGGGGCGUACGAUAGUCUCCCCCACUCAAAGCUGUUAGAGGUGGUGCAAGAUGUUCUCAAGCCGAUGGAGGAGAACCGAUUCUCUCUGAGACACUAUGCUAAAGUGUGUACUAACUCAGAACAGGAGAUCAAGAAACACUUCUGUACCAGGGUUGAAGCUUGUGAAUCGUUGAACAUGAAGGGUUUUGUAAUAGAGGAGCAGAAGAACGGAAAGCUCCGUGAUGCCAUUUUAGUGGAGAAGAACCAGGGAACCGGUACACUGCCUGCUUGUCUAAAGCUCUCUGUGGAGGUUAUGGGCUCAGAUGUGUUUCGGUUCUUCAAGCAUAUGCUGAGAAACUACAUCAUCCAGUAUGACAAGAAGCUGUUCCGGCAGGUGUGUGGUGUUCCUCAGGGUUCGGCUGUCUCCACCAUGCUGUGUAAUUUGUGUUAUGGCCACAUGGAGAACUGCAUGCUGAAGAACGUCAGAGAGAAAGGAGGGUAUUUAAUACGGUUGGUGGAUGAUUUCCUCCUGAUCACUCCCAGACUGAGUAAAGCAGUGGACUUCCUCAGGACAUUAAUGGCAGGUGUUCCAGAGUACGGCUGUGUGAUUAACCCCCAGAAGGUGGCAGUAAAUUUCCCGGUGAGAGACGAGCUGAAGUGUGAGAAGAUGACGGUUUUCCCAGCACACUGCUUGUUCCCAUGGUGUGGGCUGCUGGUGGACACCCACUCGCUCCACGUCUACAAUGAUUACUCUGGUUAUGCUGGCCAAUCACUGCGCUACAGCCUGACGUUAGGCUCCGCCCACUCACCUGCUGUGUUUAUGCGGAAGAAGCUGCUGAUGAUCCUCAGGCUGAAAUGUGACAGUGUUCUUCUGGACCUUCAGUUAAACUCCAUUGAAGCAGUGUACAAAAACAUCUACAAGAUUCUACUGAUGCAGGCCAUGAGAUUUCAUGUGUGUGUGAAGAGCUUGCCGUUAGGACAGGGUGUGUGGACAAACCCAAUUUUUUUUCUGAAGAUGAUCUGGAGUAUGGUGAAGAUUACCAACAAGAGCAUGACACACAGCAACUCAGGAGUGCGUGUUGACGGUGUGAUGCAGUGUGAAGCCGUACAGUUGUUGUGUUGUUUGGCGUUUGACGUGAUCCUGACGCCUCAUCGCUCUUUGUACCGCUGCCUCCUCCCUCACAUCAACAAAAGGAGGAGGAGUCUAAUGAGCACGCUCCGUGGCAUCAGACUCGCACGAGUUCUCCAGGCUGCCACUCCCAGAAUUCCUUCUGACUUCACCACCAUCCGCUGCUGAACCCUCCAAACUCCCCACCAUCCGCUGCUGAACCCUCCACACUCACCACCAUCCGCCGCUGAACCCUCCAAACUCCCCACCAUCCGCCGCUGAACCCUCCACACUCACCACCAUCCGCUUCAGAACCCUCCACACUCACCACCAGGAGCCAUAUCGAAAUAAAUCACUACAUGUAUAAAUCACAUGUAACUAGGAUUUAUACCAUUUUAAAUACCAUCAUCCUUUGUUCUCAUCGAAGGUGUGACUGUUUACAGAAAUAAAAGAGUUUGUUUAUA